ACUGCACCUGAUUUAUUUUGCAGCUUGUAUCCCAGAAGGAAACUGAUAACCAACAAAACAACACAGUCAGCUUAUAUAAAUCCUUAUAACGUCUUAACAUUGACAUCUUGUGAAAAACUAUUUCAAAACCAUGUAUAAUGAUCUGUGACCACUGCGGUUUUAAUUGGACAGGGCGAAGAAGGGGAGAGGUCGACCUGAUUUGAUUACUACAAUGGUGUACAAAGGAUUUCUAUAAUUUCUAAGGCACUGAGAACGGUGAUUGGGACAAUACGUGCUAUUACUCUGUAUUCGCCUUCAGAUACAGUAUUCGUAGGGGAUAGCACCACCGUCUCCAGAUACCCCCUGUCCGCACUGACAGUAACAUAGACACCCUUGUUUACCGUAAUGGCAAAUGAAUCUUUAGCAAAUGGAGGAGGCACAAGCAACCCCAGACCCAGCAGCCUUUUAUCCUUGGAGCUGGACUCGUCCCUGGAUUACAGUGUCCAGACAAGGAUAUUUAAGAUCAUUGUGAUCGGGGACUCGAACGUAGGGAAGACCUGUCUAAGUUUCCGCUUCACCGGCGGCAGCUUCCCAGAUAAAACAGAGGCCACCAUCGGGGUGGAUUUCAGGGAGAAAACGGUGGAGAUCGAGGGAGAGAAGAUCAAGGUGCAGGUGUGGGACACGGCCGGUCAGGAGCGCUUCAGGCAGAGCAUGGUGGAGCAUUAUUACCGCAACGUGCACGCUGUCAUCUUCGUGUACGACGUCACCAAGAUGGCCUCGUUUGAGAACCUCAAGACGUGGAUCCAGGAGUGCAAUGGGCACCACGUCUCACCCGUGGUGCCCCGGGUCCUGGUGGGAAACAAGUGCGACCUGGUGGGUCAGAUCCAGGUGCCCUCCAACACGGCGCUCAAGUUCGCCGACUCCCACAACAUGCUGCUUUUCGAAACGUCCGCCAAAGACUCCAAGGAGAGUCAAAACGUGGAGUCCAUCUUCAUGUGCCUGGCCUGUCGCCUGAAGGCUCAGAAGUCUCUGUUGUACAGGGAUGUGGAAAGGCAGGGUGGCAAAGUGAAGCUCUCGCAAGAACCAGCCGCCAAGAACUCCUGCCUGUGUUAAAUGAACUAUUGG